UGUGUUGUUGUGAUACUCGUUACAUAGCCACAUUCAACCAAACUGUUGGAUUUACGCAGAGUUUAUCUAGAUAUCCAUAUGGGCUUAUGAUCGCUGAAAAACCAUAAAUGAUCGAUUACGCUUUCAAGCAGGAACUUGCUCGGACGCGAGAAAACGUAGAUGAUUUGUUCUACUACGAUGGACAUAAGGUUGGACGUGGAACAUACGGACAUGUGUUCAAAGCUCAACCAAAAGUUCCAUCUGCUAAGUAUCCUGCUAAAGAGUAUGCCUUGAAACUGAUAGAGGGUCAAGGUUUUUCGAUGUCGGCAUGUAGAGAAAUCGCAUUAUUGAGGGAGCUGAAGCAUCCAAAUCUCAUUUGCUUACAGCGAGUAUUCCUUACUAAUGAAAAGAAGGUGUGGCUAUUGCUUGAUUAUGCUGAACACGAUUUAUGGCACAUUAUCAAGUUUCAUCGAGGCGCUAAAGCUAAAAAAGUGCCGGUCAUGGUGCCGAAAGGAAUGGUGAAGAGCAUAUUAUAUCAAAUUCUAGAUGGAAUACAUUAUUUACAUUCAAACUGGGUGCUUCAUCGCGAUCUCAAACCUGCAAAUAUACUAGUCAUGGGUGAUGCCCCAGGCGUGCAUCGUGGGAGGGUGAAAAUAGCCGAUAUGGGUUUUGCUCGCAUUUUUUACAAUCCAUUAAAACCUCUGGCAGAGUUAGAUCCAGUUGUGGUGACGUUCUGGUAUCGAGCUCCAGAGCUGCUGCUGGGAGCCAAGCAUUACACUAAGGCAAUAGACGUUUGGGCAAUUGGUUGCAUAUUUGCUGAACUGCUUACCGCAGAGCCAGUAUUUUUCUGUAAGGAAGAGGACAUAAAAGCACAAAGCCCAUAUCACUACGACCAACUGAAGAGGAUUUUCACUGUCAUGGGUUAUCCACAAGAGAAUGAAUGGUCAGAUUUCAAAAAGAUGCCUGACUAUCACAAGCUCCAGUCGGAUAUCAAGUCCUCUCAGACUUCCUUUCCCAACUGCAGCAUGACGCGGUACAUGGAAAAACACAAAAUAGAGUCUGAUUCUCCUCAAUUCAAGUUAUUGGUGAAGCUUUUGACUAUGGAUCCCAAUAAGCGAAUUUCCUGCAAGGAAGCUAUGGAGGAGCCGUAUUUCAAGAUGGAUCCGAAGCCUACUGAGGAUGUGUUCUACAAGUUUGAUAUACCGUAUCCAAAACGCGAGUCGUUGCCGGAUGCGGAUAUCAAGAAAUCCUUGGCCAUGAACAUCGUUGAUGAUCAGAACCAGCAGGCAACCAACCCACAGGUCAGCCAAAAUAUGAAUCAGCAACUGGACUCUGAGCCAGUAAACAAAAGACUACGUAUGGGUGGCCAACAGAUGAAUGCCAAUAGUCAACCUAUGUUCCCCAGCGGAGAGUUCCAUCAGCCGAUGCAAACGCAACAUAUGAUUUCUCAAUCAAUGGACAUGGGAGGAAUGAUGAAUCAACCCCAGCAACAGUACCAGCAACCUCCCAUUUUUGCGAGCCAACCCAUGCCGACAUCAAUGCCAGUAACUCAACAACAAAUGGGCAUGAUGCAGGGUGGACAGCAGUUCCCUCACCAAAGCAUGGGAAUGAUGCAAGGACAACCGAUGAUCAUGCGUCAACAGAUGCCGCCAUCAUAUCAGCAACACCCGCAGGGAAUGAUGCAGCAGUCUGGAGGUACUGUCGACAUGAUGGCCUCUAUGCCGCCGGGCAUGCAUAAUCAACAAAUGGGUAUCCAAAACAUGGGUGGGAAUCCGCCACCAUAUAACAUGAUGCAGCAGCAAGGCCCCCAGCAGCCUCAGCAACAGCAACAACAGUGGAAUCAUUACCAAUGAAGAGACGGCUAAGCAAGUUCUCUCUCAUUUUCACAAAGUUAAAUUUGCAUGAUAUAGCGCUCGUAGAGCAUUUCGCUAACCGCGAUUCAUUAAACGCUGCUUGGAUUUGAAAGGGAAACUGUCUUAUAUUGUUAUAGCGCAUAUUACUACAAUGAAUGCUACGUAAUGUGGUCUUCCUGGAGAGUAUUCUUGUGUUUUCGACAUCUGAUUGCUUGUAGCUAAUUUUCUGUACAUACUUCAGUCGUCAUCUCUAGCACUUAUGAGUGUUUGUUUUAGUCAUCCUUGGCUUGCAAAUGUUGGUUAUUGACAUAAAU